GGUUCAGAGUUGAAUCUGAGUGCACGCGUGAAUCGAAGGAGUUAGCAUUGAGUAACUUUCUUGUGUUGUCCAGGUUAAAGCAUUAUGCCAGAAAAAUAACGUUUACGUGCGUUUUUCUUGUUGUCCGUUGCGAGGAGACCAUGUCUGUGAACGCGUCGAGUCACGAGCUAAUCGUACUAAUUUUUCGCUAUUUGAAAGAGAAUGGCUUCCACACGGCUGCGGAGGAGCUUCUGAGGCACAGCCCACAGUCGCAGUGUGGGACGAUGGGAGCCGAAAACAAACUGACUGUAACUCCAUUCCAGGAAUUUGUGGAGGGCGCUACAGAGUUUUCUUCAUCAUUAGUGGAAAUAUACAGUUCCUGGUUAAAGUACUCAAAGAACAAGCACUCCAGUUCAAAUGGAGGAGGAUCAACUCCAAUUGAAGCAGCUUCCAAGAAGGAUGACAAACCUGCAAAGAAAGCACAAACACAGAAAUCAGUUAAACCACAAAGGGAACGCAAAGAUGGCAAAUUGUCAGAAACUGUCACCAAGAAGUUAAAGGAGCAACAAAAUGCUGUGGCUGCUGGUGAUGGUGGUGGUGAUUCGGACUCUGACAGUAGUUUGGAUGUUGAGAAAUGGAGGAAAAUGCUGGUACAAAUGACAGAGGUCGACAUAGCCAAGAUAGAUACCAUCAAUGCUUUGGACCCAUCUAUAGCAAAACCUGUCAAAAAGAGAGUGCGGAAACCUCAGGCUAAGCCUAAAAUUGACACGUCUGGUAAACAGCCACCUGAAAAGAGUGAUGUCUCUGAGAAAGCGGUGACGGUGGAACAAACAAAGUCAAGUCCCCCUAAAAAGACUACUAUGGGAACGACUGCACCUGUGACCCCCUUGAACAGCACACAACAGCCGAUAUCAUCAGAGGAAGGGAGAACUAAAUUGUCAUCCAAAGAGACAAAAAAGAGGGGAAAAAAGAAAGUUAUAACUCCCACUGGAGAACAAGCUGAGGCUCCCACACCCCAACACAAGAAGAAGAAAAAAAAGGAAAGUUCUGAAAGCGAAGCGGGAGAGAACAGAGGCAUAAACGGUGGCAAGGGCGAAGAAGCUGUCAACUCCGGAUCCGUUGGAAAACCCGUCGAGGAUGUAACAAAUUGCAUUGAACCGAAUUCUGUAUCCCAAGAUGAGCAGGUCGUGGUGAACACAAUUGGGAAUGCUGAAGAAGUAAAAAGAAAAGAAAAGAAAAACAAGAAAAAGCAAAAGUUGAAUGCUGAUAGUCAGAAUAUUUCUGAGACCCUGAUAAAAGACAAGAAAUCCCAAAAAAAGAAGAAGGGUGACGAAGGUGAUGAAGACAGAAUGGUUGAACCCCCAGCUGAGGACAAGGAAUCCCGGAGGAGGAAAAGGACUGUUGACCAUGUAGAAGUUGGCGAACAAGUGUCGCAACAGGAAAAUCCAGACCAGAAAGACGACAUCAGGGAAGCAAGGAAGAACAUGGAGACGCCGUGUCACAUGGAGGUUCCCAAUGCAAAUGUGAGAGAAAAGAAAACAAAGGAGAAAAAGAGAAAGAGUCAUCCUGUAGAGGGUACUCCUCAGCAGGUGGGCAAUGAAACGAAAAUGAAGAGGAAAAAAGACAAAGCUAAACCUGAGGAGGAGCAGAUAGUUGAUGAAAAUGCAAGUGUUAACAUAGAAGAGAUAGCUGAAGCAAAUACAGAAGUAAAGAAGAAAAAGAAAAAAAAACUUGGCUCGAUUGACACAGUACCUCUUUUCAGCCUGGAGACACCAAGUCCUCCAUCACAGAAAAAGAAAAAGAAAAGAAAAGUGGAUUCAGAUGAAUUCCCAGCAACACCGUCAUGUGAAAAGCACAAGGAGGUAUUAUAAUACCAUACAUCCAUCCACAGUGAGGUCAUUAGGCUGUUAAAAUAUAAUUUGAUUGACCUUUUUUUUUUUUUUUUUUUUUUGGUUCAUUCCUGAUAACCAGGAGGAUACAUUUUUUUUAUUUUAAUGAAAAUAAUUUUUACAUUUUUUACCAUUUUAUCCCUUUUCCUUAUUACUUUAAUAUAACCACCUACUAAGUUUGUUAUAGUGCCCAUUUUUGUUUGUGAUGGAUUCCUAAAAGAGAGGCCAUGUUGCUCCCCAAAUUCAAGACAAAGGAAGUUUUUGUAAAUCAAAACAUAUCCCUAAUAUCCUACUAAAUAGCGUUAGAUUGCAAAAUGGAAUAUAUGUCAAUACUGCAUACUUUCAUGUUGUUUUGUUCCACAGUAUGAUGUACAAUACAAUUUUAUAUGACAUUAAAUGGAAUAGUGCUUUUUAAAACCAGUUGGUCUGGAAGUUGUGUGACGUGAGUGGCUGUGUUCGGAAUUACUCAUGUAUCAGAAAAGAUUCAGGACUGUGGUCACUAACAGGAGGUGAUUUUAUAAACCCACUGGGGCCCCAGGCAAGAAGGACCUUGCCCCCCCCCCCCCAAAAAAAAAAUAUCAUAACAGGAACAUGACUAAGCAAAUACAUUUUAUUAAAUAAUUGACAUGAAAUUAAUGACAAAUAACUAACAACACGUCCCUAGAGCCAGUUUCUGUAGCCGGGGAUCAGAUCGCCAAGGUCCCCGCCUUCGGCCACCGCCCAGCUCACACUGUACACGACCCCUAUGACACGUCUUGUUUACGAAUAAGGGAAGAAUAUAACGGGAGAUUGACAUGCGGAUCGGUGCACCGUCUGCAGUGAUGCGGACUUUGUAUCGGUCCGUUGUAGUGAAGAAGGAGCUGAGCCGAAAGUCGAUCUACGUUCCUAUCCUCACCUAUGGUCUCGAGCUGUGGGUCGUGACCAAAAAAAAAAACAAGAUCCUGGAUACAAGCCACGGAAAUUAGUUUACUUCGCAGGGUGUCCGGGCUCUACCUUAGAGAGAGGGUGAGAAGCUCGGUCAUCCGGGAGGGGCUCUGAGUAGACCCGGUGCUCCUCCACAUUGAAAGGACCCAGAUGAGAUGGCUCAGGUUUAGGUUUAGGAUGCCUCCUUGGACGCCUCCCUGUGAGGUGUUCCGGGCACGUCCCACCUGGAGGAGACCCCGGGGACGACCCAGGACACACUGGAGAGACUUAGUCUCUAGGCUGCCCUGGGAACACCUCGGGAUCCCCUCGGAAGAGCUGGAGGAAGUGGCUGGGGAGAGGGAAGUCUGGGCUUCCCUGCUACAGCUACUUCCCCCGUGAAGUGGAAGAAAAUGGAUGGAUGGAACGAACAACACUGAAACCCUUAACUCUGUAAUGUGGGUCUAGACACGAUGCAUGAAGCGAGGCUGUGUGGAGUAUUGGACGGACACAUCGCCCAGCCGCUAGCUAGUAGCUUCCAUUUCUCUAUAGCCUCACUCUGUGCGCUGCGCGUGGCAUAACAUUUCAGGGAAGAUGCCUUUUUGGGGGUUUGUAGGCAUAGCUAGAUGGCUAACGGUGCACUUGUAGCGGCAGAAAUGGGCCAAGGUUUUAUGACUUGCAAUUGCGACAGAUAGCCACCGAUUAAAUGACGGCGCUCAGUACUUCUAUAUAGUGGAUGUGACUAUACGUCCUGCCCCCCCAAAAAAAUCAGACAACUGAGAUGGUUAAAAAAAAAAAAAAAAAGUUAAACGCUGUAGCUCAACAGUCCAAUACUAAGUCGUUCUGUCUUUGCAGUACUUAUUUUCAAACAUAUUGAAAGAUGCACCAGAGGCCAAAAAAGUCUAAAUUUGACACACCACACAGAACCCGGCUGAAUUUGAAUCAAUAAAAAAAAAAAAAAAAAAACACGAUGUAUGCAUUCAUGGGCAUACUGUAUAGUCUCUCUUGGGCUAAUUCCUCUCCUUUCCAGUGCAUACCUCCACCUUUCUCAAUGUUCUUCCACCUGGUCCCUGCUUUCACUGCAGAUCACAAUGUCAUCUGCGAACAUCAUGCUUCAUUGGGAUUCCAGUCUAACCUCAUCUGUCAGCCGAUCCAUCACCAAUGCAAACAGGAAGGGGCUCGGGGCUGAUCCCAGAUGCAAUCCUCUCACCUCCACCUUAAACUCCUCUGCCACACCUACAGUAAACCUCACCACUGUUCUUCUGCUGCCCUCAUACUUGUCAUGUACUAUUCGAACAUAUUUCUGCAAUUCCAGACUUCCUCAUGCAGUACCACAGUUCCUUUCUCAAUACCCUGUCAUAGGUUUUCUUUAGAGUGAUAGUUCCCACAGUUCUGCCCAUUACCCUAGUUCUGAAAAAUGGGCACAAGCACAUUUCGUCCCUUCCUCAGGCAUCUUCUUACCUGCUAGAAUUCUGUUGAACAGCCUGGUCAAAAAUAAAUAAAUCUACCUCUCAGAUAGCUUCCAUACCUACA